AUGGCGCACAGCAGCCUGUGGGUUUUCGAUCCGGAGCUGGCGGAGCAUUUGCAGGUGGUGGAUGGCCUGGACUUCAAGCUGAAGGAGAAAUCUCCUGGCCAGUCCGUGCAGCUCAGCGAUUUCUUCGUGAUCCAGGGGCUGGAGGACUCGCAGUGCUCGGAGCCCGAGCGCUUCUACGUCUACCGGUACUCGAGCCUCGCGGGCAGGGCGAACAAACUGCUGGAUGGGCCGUGCACCGAGGAGGCCAUGCGCCAUGCUUCCGCUCAAGCCUUGGGACGUUUUAAGGGCCUUGGUUAUAGCCCGCAAGCUGCGCUGCCCUGCGAGCACCAGUUGUGUUUGCCAGCAAAGAAGGAGGAGAAGGCGCGCUGGCAGUACUACGUGGAUGACUGCGUGGACGGCAAGCGCCGGGGCUGGCACCCCUUCGAGGCCAAGGCGGCAGCGCAGGUGGAGGAGAUUUACCGCAGGAGCCGAGAGAAGGUGGUUUCUUCCAGUUUGUUUUCCUACACAGUGGACUUGGCCGCGGGCACCCAGAGGAACACCAAGACCGGCAAGGUGCGCCAGAUCCGCCGACUGCCAACUCAGCCGGUGAGAAAAGCACCCACCAAACGUCCAGGCGGCGUCUCGGAGAAGCUGAAGGUGAAGAAGACCAUAACGAAGGCGGCUGUGAAGGGCCGGGCCACAAAAGCAGCUAAGCUCGGAAGACCCAAGGCCGCCACAGCUGGGAAAUCUGUGAAGCCGAAAUCGAAGGCGAAGCCGAUGAAGCUCUCGAAGCCGAAAGUCUGCUCCAUUGCCAGCGGCCCUCGUGCGAAAUCUUUGGUCUGGUGCGGCAAGAAAACGAAGACCUCGACUGGCUUGAAGAAGGAAGACAUGACGAAGAACAAGUUUGGGAGGCUGGUGAGCAAGCGCCGGUCGGCCGCAGGGCGCACGGCCUUUGGCCGCGUGAGCCGAUGGAUCGCCGCCUGCAAGCAGGCGAGAGCUGAGCUGGGCAUCACGGGCUUCGUGGCCAUCACGAAGGGCUCUGAGCUGUAUGAGAAAGCCAAGGAGUUAUACCCGCAUGUUCAGCCACAUGUGCUUGGGUGA